CAUGAGGGGUCUAUUUGUAUCUUUUCCCUUCUAUUAACCACAAGAUGAAGUGAGCGGGAGUAUCAGCCACCCGCCACUUCUUCUUGCUUAUCCAUGAUGACUUCUGUUUUGAAUGGAAAUUUAAAUUGUAACAUUUUAUGCCAAAAUAGAGGUUUUUCUAAGGCUGCUAUAUCAUCUCUUCCAUUAUUGGACAAUGGAGGAAGAUUAGUCUCACGAAGCUUGUACAGAAAGAAUAUUUUCUCGUUUCCAGGAAAUGCAUCAUCCAGCAGCAUGAUUUCGCAGAAGAUAAAAUUCAUUACCCCUAAAAACAGCAGCUCCUCAGACUCGAAUAGUAGUGAAGAUGAUUCUUCUAAUCAAGGCAAGACACCUUUUGGAUACACUAGGAAAGAUGUUAUAUUGAUUGGAGUUGGAGUUACUCUUCUCGGCUAUGGCUUGAAAUAUGGACUCGAGUUUGUCGGAGUUGAUCCUUUACAAGCAGGGAAUGUUGUUCAGUUAGUGUUGGUUUUAGGAUUAACAGUUGGAUGGAUAUCUACAUACAUCUUUAGGGUCUCAAACAAAGAAAUGACAUACGCUCAACAAUUGCGUGACUACGAAUACAAAGUCAUGGAGAAGCGGCUAGAUAGCUUAACAGAAGCAGAUUUAGCGGUACUACUCGAACAAGUUGAAGAAGAAAAGAGACUCGAAAGAGACGCCAAAUAAGCUGUGAGAAGAUUUAUUGAAUUGAAGUAUAUUUGAACAAUUAUAUAGUCUUCACAACUAUUAGAAAAGUAUUGUAAAGUAUUUAAGUUUUACUUCACCUACACUCACUUGAAUAUGGAAUGUACUAAAACAGUAAAUACAGUAAUGGAGUUUCUUUAAUCC